GAAGUUUACUGUCUUGUGUGACGUUGUUCCUUGCGGUGUGGAGAUUCGUCAAGACUUGAUAAAACGCAGGAGUGUAGUACGUAAUUUAAUGAAUUUUUAAAAUCUUGUAUCUAAUAAUAAAGCGAAAAAUCUUCUUACCGAGCUUUGUUUAUAAUUUAAACAAAUGCUUAUCAAAAUAUGUAAAAUAUGUUUACAAUUUCCUGGAGAGAAAGAGAAUAAAAGACUAUCAAUCAAGAAAAACAGUGCAAAGUCUUGAGGUAUAUUCUUCGAGCUUUUUCAUAGCUUGUGAAGGUGUUUGCGCGAUGUACAAUGGUCUCAGAGGUCUCAGGGCUCUCACAGACCUGAAAAGUACUUGAAUUCUAGGGGGAGUCCUUGAAAAGUCCUUAAAUUUCUUUAACUUUGAAUGAAGUGGAGCCGAAAGCGAAUUGAUUGCACAGAGUUUGGUGUUCUUUUCAGUCUUCUUUUCCUUUGUGAAGGAGCUUUAAACACUGUGACACUCGGGUUUAAAAGCAGCUAGAAAGAGAAAGUGAGAAGAAAAGAAAUCCAAAUGCGUACUUAAGUUUCAAAUUUUAGUCAAAAUCAAAGUUAACUCUGUGCUCCUGUUCAUGCUUCGUGUAUUUUUAUCAGAGUUCCAUGCUUUCCUGGCUUCCUCGGCAAAAACGUAAUGCCGGGAAAGUGUUUUUUAAUGCUUUUUGGUUAUCCAAGACUGGAAUGCAAGAAUAGCUCAGAGAAAAAUAAAGCAACUGUGGUUUUAUUCAAGGAGUAACAAUCAGUUCAAGACAAGGGAACUGAAAAAUGUAGUUGAAGUUCUGUUAGCGUGGCCUGGGAAAGUAUAUUUAUAUAGCAUCUUGGGACCCUGAGUGAUGAGAUGCAUAUUUCAUUUUAGUCACAAAAUGAGUUUCUCUUUUAACGAGGGCGAAGAUGGUAUCUAAAGUGGAUUUUUGUACUAAAUCUUUGCCAGAGAAAAUACAAUGUAGAAUUAUUAUAUAGUGCCUUCAAAUUAGCUGAGAUAUGAUUUCUCUCAUGCAGUAGCCAAGAUCCUUGGGGCUUUCUCCUUCCUGGAUUAAGAAGUUUCCUCCGUCUGUCGUCACACACUCGAUUUUUGAGUUAUGCACUCAGUUCUCGCGCUUCACACUCGCGCACACUUUUUCACGCAUCUAGCGCGGCUUUUGAUUCGCAGCUCGAGUAGUGGGCAAGUCUACCGAUAUACUUGUAUCCUCUGUACGUUUGUUCUCGAAGAAAAUCAGUUAUGGUUAAUACCAGAAUAUAAGGUACCGGGCGUGGGAGCUUUCGAACCCCUGUCUACCCAUCUCAUAAAAGAUGUUGUUCAUCCGGGUAUAUGUAUGUUAAGGUUACUUCUCGUGAGCGAAAUGAUAAACUUCAUCCUCGGAGACCCAGAGGCAGACGGUGGGGGCGAGGGAAAGUCUAAACGGGCGGAAAAAUAUGGCACGAAGAAAAAUAAAGAACGGCGAGAAGAGCCCCUGGGGACAAUGUCUCUCCAGACCAGUUCCAAACGGUCGCCGCCGUCCUGACUUCUGAUUGGUGCCAGAAAACUUUUGUGUUUUUCUGCCCAAUCAGAAGGCAGAGCGGCGGCGACCGUUUGGAACUGGUCUGGAAAGACAUUGUCCCCAGGGGCUCUUCUCGCCGUUCUUUACUUUUCUUCGUGCCAUAUUUUUCCGCCCGUUUAGACUUUCCCUCGCCCCCACUAUCUGCCCCUGGGUCUCCGAGGAUGGAUAAACUUAAGGUAUCGCACAGAACUUACUUGGUCUGUUUAGUCGACUUUAAGACUUUCUUAACAUUUAAAAGAACCUAACCAGUUUCGAAACAAUGCUUAACCCUAAUCAGUAAAGGCAGUGCUUAACCCUAAUUAGUAAAGGGGAAAACUACGUUGUGUGAAUUUCAUGAGGUGUCCGACGGGGCUGAGGUCGAUGGGAUCUAAUGAUAACGCUUCUGAUCAGAGAAGCGGCUGGGUACGAGUCUGUCGUUGUCGCGUUAAAUAAAACACCAUCCCACGAGCAUGAUGGCGAACUUUCCGAUCUUGCAGGAAAUCAAAGGCGAAUGGAGAUCAGCUAAGACGAUGGAAAUAAUGGGCUUAAGAAUUCCGGCGUAUUUUACUGACGAUCCUCGGUUGCUGUACGACUACAUUGUCAACUUCAAGACGAAGUCAGACGACGUAUUUGUAGUCAGCUAUCCGAAAGCAGGUUAGAAUAUUGAGUCAAGUCAAGUCAAUUUUAUUGUGAAAAUACGCUUAGCUAUUUCUAAAAGCCUUGAAGGAUCGUAUAGUUCUAUAGCCGGAUUUCGUGGCACAUAGGGCGCGAUUCUGUCCCAUUUUGUGCUGUGGAGUACCAGUCGGCGUGAUCGGGGAAGCCUUGUUGGAUUGGCGAUAACCGAGCUCUUGCUACUUAUCAUGCCGUUUGUUUAAAAGCGAGAAUUAAGAUAAUCUAUAAUAAUUUCAAAGUGCUUUCACAAAGAACAAGCAUACCCCAUUCAUUUCAUUAACCACCGAGGCUUAAUAUUAAAUUUAAAGCGUUACUGAUGCGGCGUUUAUUCAAGGGCGCCAUUUAUUUCAAAAUCUCUUUUGUUAAAUUACUGACAACAAUUACGAUAAAUCAUACACAGGAGGAUAUUACAUGUUGUAAUGUUCGGCUUUUUGCAGAGAUAGAAUCAUAAUUGUCUGGUUGGUGUAGAUUACCAAGUUUUACCGAGUUUUUCCUUAUAAUCCUAUAAUAAACGCCGCAUUCUUCAGAUUGGGUGUAGCGUUUAUUGGUAAUUUUGCUUCAAUCUACGGCGUUAACUCGAGGGCGGCGUUUAUCUGGAGGUGGCGUUUACGUCGACUUAAUAUGUUGAGUAUCUAAACCAAGGAGGCUUCGGGACAAAAAUUGCAAUUUUUUUUCCAGAAACGAGCAGAUAGAUAGAUAGAUAGAGAUUUGAGCCUUUGAUGUUUUUACCUUUUGGAUAAUACCCCGAAAGUCAGAGGUUUCAUUUCAGUUUAAAUUGUUAGGAACUCGCUUUGAAUGAGGCGUGACAUGUCUAGGGAAUUUCUUCUUCUUCUUCUUCGUUUUUUAAGGACCUAAAGGAUCUUACCAAGCGAAAGCUUGGCUUGUCUGUAGCGUAAUUGGUUUGUUUACACGGCGUAAAACGCUAACAGCCACGCAAGAGAGAAACCUCUGCUCGCAGCUGCAGGGUAAAGGAACUGUAGAAAGGUUUUGACCCAUUUGCCAUUCCAUCCAUUCUUGUGUAACCCACGAUACUCAAAAGAAUAGAGAAGGCAAUCAGGCCGGGAUUUUUACACGAUGAGGGAGAACCGAGGGAGUUAGAAAAUUGUGGGUACCUCUGCGAAAAAACCCUGGCGACACCAUUGCUGUGAAGGAAUGUUUAUCUGCAAUUGAUAGGAUUUGAAGGGAAAAACGUCAUUGUAGUCAAAGCAUAAUAUGGAGCUUGUAAUUACACCUCGUUCGAUUUGUACAUGUCAAACAGAAUUAAUUCUUAAGGAGGAUUUGCAAGCUUAAAACACAAGAAGAAAAUCGUCGCCUUAUGUCUGACGUCCUCCAUAAAAAGUGAAAUUGGCCGAUGGGGUAGUUACACGAUGAGGGAGAACUGAGGGAGUUAGAAAAUUGUGGGCACCUCUGGAAAAAAAACCUGGCGACACCAUUGCUGUGAAGGAAUGUUUAUCUGCAAUUGAUAGGAUUUGAAGAGAAAAACGUCAUUGUAGUCAAAGCAUAAUAUGGAGCUUGUAAUUACACCUCGUUCGAUUUGUCAAACAGAAUUAAUUCUUAAGGAGGGUUUGCAAGUUUAAAAAAGAAAAAGGAAAUCGUCGCCUUAUGUCUGACGUCCUCCAUAAAACGUGAAAUUGGCCGAUAGGUAGUUAGCCCUGCAGUGGACGGCAAGAGAAAUGUAUCAAAACUGUACUUGACGUGCCAAGUUGUUGUUGCUUAGGGUGGAUGGGUGAACAUUUGCAGCAUACACAUAUCGCCAUCGCAUUUGCCCCUUGGAGAGAGUGUUUUAUUGUUUUCAAGCUUUAAUGUAAUACAGACAGUGAAAAAUUCAACGGGCAGAUGCGAGGACUUAUUAACGAGUAUGUUGCAAGCUAUAUAACAAUUAUUCACCGAGGUGGAGGUGGCUAGUAGUGAUCCAUUACUAGCCACCGACACUGAGGUAAGGACAAGGUAAAAAACACACGCACUAGGUACAAAAAGGGGGCUGAGAAUUGUAUUUUAAUAUCUGCUAUACACAGGCUUAAACAAGAGAAACAGAUUACGGACUAGAUUGUCACACAUUCCUUUAGCUGGACACGCAAAUGCGUUCGCAAACCGGGAAGAAAGCGUUACGUAUGAGGCCCUACAACUGGACGCGCGGAGAAGCUCAUUCCGCGGUUAGGGAAACCGAAAAUAAAACUUAGAGGAGGAGUUAGAAGAGAAUUUAAUUCACAGUUUUAUGAUCAAUAAAUGACGAAACUGAGAAGCAGAGAGCCUUGAAAGGUCGUAUCAGGUUCUAUAUGAAUCGGGUAUUGAGUUUCUUCAAGUUUUGGCGCUGUAAACCGCCACGAUUUAAGGCCGUAUGUUGAACAGUUGGCCAUUUGCCGCUUUAAAAUAUCGUUUCCUCUGAGGUCGUAUUUAUUGUUUCUUUGUUCAAUCAAAUUUUUAAUGCUCAUUGGGCAUUGUUAAGGUGUUUCGAUACAGCUUUUUUUCAGAGACCAUACCGAUAUUUUUCAAUUGCCUGAAAAGUGGUUUUCUCCUUGUCCGAUCACUAUAAAAUUUUCACCAGUAACUGGCUAUAGAUUGAAAUUUGUAAAAAUGUAGUUUGAAGUAAAAUCGAUAUUACUAUGACAACAAUAAACAAAAAAACUUUGAAGUUGAUAAAAGCCGAAUUUUGUUUGAUCUAGACCAGCUAUUGAAAAUGCAACACUAGGAACGUAAAGUUUGGUGGUGAGAAAACAAUCUCCGUAAGAAGUAAAAAAUUCUGUAUGUUUGAAUUCGACUAGGACGAAAAAAUAUACAUGAAACCUUUAUUUAAGAUUUGGAAUUUUAGCGUUUUCUUGUACAGUGGCGGAUCUUUUUUUGGAGACCGGGGCCCGGUUGCAUAAAACGUCCGUAACAACUACGGGUACACGUACGUGCACUCGUUAGUUAAGUCAGUUGCAUGAAAUCACUUAAGUGGUCCACUUAGGGAAUUCACUUAAGUGGUUGCACUUACGAUUUUCGUAAGUGUUCACUUAAGUGUCGUUUAUGCAACAGAAAUUGCGGGUGUUGCAUAAAACUUUUUUUACGGGAAAAAUAGCACGUACAUUUUAGGUCCCGUAUCGUCACUGUUUUUACUAAAUUUAACGAGAUCUUUUACUGAGAAGUGAAAAAAAGUAUUUUUCUUCACGUAAUUCGUUCUAAUGCGCUUUGUUAACCUCUGAUGUACACUUUUGUGAAAAAAGAAGAAGAACUAUCAUUUUCAGUAGAUAUUGAAGAAAAAUAACGUUUGCAUGCAAAUUUCAUUUUUUGAGAGGCUUAAAAGUGUUGGAAACGACUUUUAACUUUCUUUACACUCACCGACGGUUAGCUUAAAAAAAAAAAGAGUGAAUCGUUAAUAAAGUACUAUAUCAAGGUUACGUGUGCCCUUAAGUGAGCCCGUAAGUUACCACGUAAAACAGAAACUUACGAGAGUGCUAAGUGUGUUCCAUGCAACACCCGUAAGUGUACCCAUAACGGAUUCGUAAGUGACCUACUUAAGUGAGCACUUAAGCGCAGGUUUUAUGCAACCGGGCCCGGGCCCCGGACCCUUAUCUCAGGGUCUGGAUGACCCCCCCCCCCGCCCUUAUCUAAAGGUCUGGAUCUGCCACUGUUGUAUGUCUCUAAAGCGACUCGAACGAAUUUUUUUGAAAAUUUCUUCACAUAAUCUUCAUAAUUUAUAAAUAAGGUCUGAAACUUUCAUUGAGAUUGAUUCAAUGCAACAUCUUAAAAUUUCAAGACAAACCUAUUCUAUGAACCUCUCAAAACUCUGCGUUGCAACAUUCACUGUUUUGACGUUAUGCUAAUUUUUCCAGAAUAAUGCGCACUAUACAUACCUCCAUCACUAGUACAUUUUAGUUUAAACUUAUCGCAUCUUUUGAAUGUAAAACAUUGACAAUACUCACACUGAAAUGUACUAGUACUAGUCAUGGAUAUAUGUAUUGUCCGCAUUAAUUUGGAAAAUUUCAGAGAUAUACAAAAAAGCGCUAAAAGUCCAAAUUUUGAAUGAAGUUGCACUUAGACAGGUGGUGAGAAAACGGGUUAUUUUUUAAGAAUACACCAAAAUUUCCUAGCAUCGAAAUAUGAUAUCAAGCAGCAUUCCGAAGCUACUUAAGAAUAAUUUGAAUCAUUCAUAACGUUUUUAUUAAGUAAUCUAUCACCGCUAUUGAAAAUUUAAGGUUUGAGAUAUAUUUUCUUUUUAGUCGAAUUCAAAAUUAUCGGAGGUUAUUUGCUAAAUACCAAACUUUAAGUUCCUAGUGUUGGAUUUUCUGUAGCUGGUCUAGACCGCCAAAAUUAGGCGUUUAUCAAUUUCAAAGUUUUUUGUUCAUUGUUGUCAUGGUAAUACCGAUUUUACUAAAACCUACAUUUUGACAAAUUUCAAUCUAUAGUCAAUCAUUGGUGAAAAUUUUAUAGCGAUCAGACAAGGAUAAAAUCAAAUAUAUCGAUAUGGCCUCUGAAAAAUUAUAUCGAAAUUGAAAACUGUGCAUGCUAUAUAUUUUAGCGAGGCGUUGGUUCACAAGUGAUGAUAAACCUAUUCUAUUUAUUAAAUCAGAGUAGAGUGCUUGUUAAAAAUUCCUUUUUAAAUCACAGGCAGCACAAACGGGUCGCAUAUCGAACGCUACCGAUAUUAUAAAAGCACCCUGUAAGGAAUAGCUGUAUGUCGUGGUCUCUUGAGUGUAGGAAAUAUGAUAUUACUCUAUAGAACUUUUCUUACAAACUUUUUUCUAUUCGUAAUCAUGCUUAUUUAUGUAAGUAUACGUCGCUGGAUUCCUUUUGGUCAUUUUUAAACCUCCCCGAAAUAAAACCAAGGGGUCACCAAGGAUUUGAUGAAAGAAAAUAAAAGUGUCAAAUAGUUACAAGCAAGGAAAAGGACACAAAUAAACAAGGGAGUAAUAUUAUGUGGUCGUCUAGUGAUUUAAAAGUUAAUUACAAUCACUCUGUUCUCAAUCUUGACUGUAACUCACAAGAUCACGCAAUCAAAUUGCACUACAAAUUGCUGAUGUGAACAAACUUGAAACAUCCAGCCUAGAUCCACUAGAUCCAGCCUCCCUAGGCGUUCUCUCUUGACCCGUUGUCCGCGCGAAGUUUGACCACUACAGAAAAUACCAUAACAUAUCAUAAUACUCUUUGUUUGUCACUCCAAUAUUUUGCAUAAGCAUUGUUUUCAGUUUCUCUUGGGGGCAUUUUAACUCCCAAGAGAAACUGAAGACAAUGCUUAUGCAAAAUAUUGGAGUGACAUUGCAUGUUAUGAUUUUUUUUCGCCUACCCUUCCCCUAAGUCAGCAUUGUUUGCGGCUAGUUAGAUAAGGUAAGACUAAAGAAUAUAGGAUUUCUGCAUUGGCUUUUCAUAUUUUUAUCAGCAAAAGCAGAAUAACUGAAUAACAAUAAAUUCUCUCUUCAAAAUAACCAGCAAAAAAAGUAAUAAGUAAAAUAGAAUAAAUAAUAACGAGAUCAUUGAAAUUUUGAGCUCGACAUAACCAUUUAGAUUAACAACGUGAACAACAGUUUCAUAAAGAACUGAACACCCAAGUAAGGUACAGUAUGCACAAACAAACUACUGAAGGCCGAAUUAUUGAGCUUUUUGAAAAGAUAGCCCAUAUAGUACAUAUGUUAGUAAUCUAAGUGUAUGUAUAAAAUCUCUAAUUGCGUGUUUGUGGUAUGUUUGUCAAUUUGUCAGUUUAUUAUGAAUGACUUUCAUUUUGGCAUCAACCGGUUAAAAACAAAAAUCUUGAGAUCCUGAACCUAGAUCAGGGAAAAGUAGUGAGAGGUGGAAAAAAGGCUUAAGAUGUCCUAAUUUCUAAGAGGAAGGACUUUCAGCUUUUAAUUGGAAUUAUAGGUUAGUAGUGACGAGAUCUUCUUCGUUGCUUACUGAAGUGUAGACAUCUCAUGCGAGAUUCGGGGUUUUUAACAGUGAAUCUGCACGUUUGGUGACAACAGUAAUUAUCUCCGUAGGGUUCUCUGUAGGCUGAAGGCCCCACUGUAGCCUAUCUCGGACCCACUUAUUUUUUCUUGAGAGAUCACCAAGCGCGUAAGAAAAAAAAAACAGCGGGGGAUUUAUUGACCAGAAGCGCAAAGGGCUGGGGUGGGGGAGGGAGAAAAUGAACGGUCUGUGGGUAUCUUUGGGAAGAACUAAAACUCGCUUUUCGCAGAAAAAGUAAAAUAGCCGGGAGCUAAGGGGUAGGGGAGAAGAACGUAGCCUGAAUUUCAUCCGAUUACUUCGAGUCGUUUUUACUCCCUCAGUUGUUGAGAGGAGAAAACGACUCGAAGCAAUCGGAUGAAUUUCAGGCGAAGAAGAACGUACUUUCUGUUUCCUGAGGGAUUCGGCUCGCAGGAGCAUCGACGGUUUGGAAAUUUGGGCUAGUUUUGAAUUACCCCGUGUGAGGAAAUCCGGAUUCCACAUUCCGGAAAAUUGUGCUCGUGGAAUCCGGAAUCCUGGUCUUUGGAAUGCGGAAUAUAGCUCAAGGAAUCCAGAAUUCUACCAACGAUUGGAACUCAGGGGUCCCAGAAUCCAAGUUCCACUGAGAAAAACAGGAAUCAAGUAGCUGGAAUCGGGAAUUCACGGUGUGGAAUCCAGAAUCCGGGACUGUUUUGGAUUCCCUUACAUGGGCAGAUUUGAAUGUUACAUUUUAUCUCUUUAAGGAACAACUUGGAUUCAAGAAAUUGUCUGGCAAAUUUACCACAAUGGAGAAGUCAACAGCAAACGAAUUGAAGACCGUGUUCCAUUCUUAGAAGAGGCUAUUAAUCCAAAAGCUUCACAACCAGACAUUGCUAGUUUACCAAGCCCCCGCCUAAUUAAGACACACCUUUCUUAUGAGGCUAUACCAAAAGGUGUAAACGAGGAAACAACGUGCAAGUAUAUUUACAUUGCUCGAAAUCCAAAAGAUAAUGCUGUAUCAAAUUAUAAAUUCCUGACAAGCUUGGCGAAAUCUACUGGAUUGAAUGCAUCGUGGGAAUUUUCUGCUGAUCUGUUUGUUCAGGGAAAGUGUAAGUUAUCAUGAUUAUUUUACAUGGUAAUAAUGCUUCUAUAGUUGAUCUUCCAUUAGUUAGGGGCAAGAAGACCUUUACUGGCCUUUACACUAAAUGGGACUCUUUCACACCCUGAAAAUACAAGAUAAAACCUUAUCCGCAUCCUCACUUUUCGCUGUUUCCGCAUUUGCUCGUCACACCACCCCAAAUGAAAAUUUAUUAUUGGUCUGCUGCAAGUAUUGAAAAGUAAUUAUUGGCGUACUGAAAAUUAGUAGAGUGUGUUUGAACAAUCUUGCUAUAAUACCUGAGAAAACUCGGAAGGGAGAACGAAUGUAGUGUCUAUGAGUUUGGUUUCAUUGUUGGCUAGCCCAGCGAGGAUGGGGUCAGUCAUUGCUGACUUACAGAAGGCCAGCAUAUUGAUGGCUUCUGUGGCUUAGCAUCGUUAUUUUGUGAGAUGAAGAAGGCGAGUCAUAUUGUGCUUACGGGGCGUUGGUUUGCAAGAUGAACCUAGGGCGGGGCGUACUACGUAGCCUUAAUGACGAUACCAAAGCGAUGGUAAAGAGCGAGGUUCUUUUUCAUAACGGAGUGAUCCAAAUGGGUAUUUCAAAGGUCAAGGUCAAAGUUUGUUAAAUAAGAUUAAAAUUCCUGCGCAGCGUAGUUACUUAAUGUUAAUUUGAAAACUGUAAAAUGUACCCUGUUAUUUAAGAGUCUUAUCCGACGUUUCGGCAAUGCUGCUACCGUUAAAAGUUAUUUAGUCUUCUACUGUGCUGAAGAAGGCAACAUUGCCGAAACGUCGGUCAAAGCUUGUUAACGCUGAUC